CCAUCCUCUCAAACCAUCCUCUCAAUCCUCGCAGGACUGUCUGAUUUAAGCUCUCACCUCACCGCUGGAUACCAGUCAACAACACUGCUGAGGGAUUCAGACUUCUCUUGUCGAGGCAACCUGUUACUCAAGGAACGGGAGGCUGCACCGCGUCUGUAUAGAGGGGGCGAAAUAUUACAACAAACAAAAAGGGCUUUUUGUGGGAUUAAAAGCGAAAGGCAGCUUCACUGAAACUGUUACCUGACAGAAAGUCAGGGAUCAUGACAGCGCUUGCAGGAGGCUUACCGAGAAUGAUGAGACCAACUCCUCACCAGAACUAUACGCGGGGAGGAUACUCUCUGGAAGUCUCCACUCCGUUGGGACAGGGUCGGGUCAACCAGCUCGGCGGUGUCUUCAUAAACGGCAGACCUCUCCCCAACCAUAUCCGCCAUAAAAUCGUGGAGAUGGCCCAUCACGGUGUCCGGCCGUGUGUCAUCUCCCGUCAGCUGCGGGUGUCCCACGGCUGCGUCUCCAAAAUCCUCUGCCGGUACCAGGAGACAGGCUCCAUCAGGCCGGGGGCCAUCGGAGGCAGCAAGCCAAAGCAAACCGCUUCUCCAGAGGUGGACAAGAAAAUCGAAGAGUACAAGAGAGAAAACCCGGGCAUGUUCAGCUGGGAAAUCAGGGACAAAUUACUGAAAGAUGGGAUCUGCGACAGGAACAACGUUCCCUCAGUGAGCGCAAUCAGUCGCAUCAUGCGGUCUAAGUUCGGCGGAGUUGGUGAUGAUGAAGAGGAGGAUGAUGAAGUGGUGAAGAGAGAGAUGGAGGAACACGAAUCACGGACAAAACACAGCAUCGAUGGCAUUCUGGGAGACAGAUCCAGCCACUCGGAUGAGGGCUCCGACGUGGACUCAGAGCCAGGCCUGCCUCUGAAGAGGAAGCAGCGUCGCAGUCGGACCACCUUCACAGCGGAGCAGCUGGAGGAGCUGGAGAGGGCCUUCGAACGCACACACUACCCCGACAUCUACACGCGGGAGGAGCUGGCUCAGCGGGCCAAGCUGACAGAGGCUCGAGUUCAGGUGUGGUUCAGCAACAGAAGAGCCCGGUGGAGGAAGCAAGCAGGAGCCAGUCAACUGAUGGCAUUUAACCACCUCAUCCCCGGCGGUUUUCCUCCAUCAGCUAUGUCAGGCCUGCAGCCCUAUCAGCUGUCCGACAGCCCCUACACUCCUACUUCUAUGGCUCAAGCAGCAUCCGAGCAGCCCAGUACAGUCCACCGACCGCAGCCUCUGCCCCCCACCUCCGUGCACCAGAGUGGGCUCAGCUCGUCAGCAGGCUCCCAGGAUGGAAGCUCUGCGUACUGCCUGUCUUCUGGACGUCACAGCUUCUCAGGAUACUCGGACAGCUUUGUGGCCCCGACAGGACACACCAACACUGUCAACCCCACCAUCAGCAACAGCCUCUCACCACAGGUAAUGGGCCUAUUGAACCCAGGUGGAGUGCCACAUCAGUCCCAGAGUGACUUUGCCCUCUCCCCACUGACCGGAGGCCUGGAGCCUAACGGUGGCAUGGCUGCCAGCUGUCACGGUUCCCAGCGCCUGGAGGCUCUACCAGGCCUGACCAGUAUGCCCACCCUGCCUAGCACCCAGUCUUACUGCCCACCUUCCUACACCUCCCCAGGCUAUGCCAUGGACCACCAUCCAUCCUACCAGUAUGGACAAUACAGUCAGAGCAAGGUGCCUUUCAUUAUUUGAAGCCCGCAACAUCACCUGAACAGGAGGCUUCCCGGCCAGUCUGACAUUCAUCGCCAGAGAACACCCCCACCCGCUGCCUUUGCCGAACCUCCCCAGCCCAGAGGACAGUGUGAGAGAGAUUGGGUGGGUGAAGGGGUUGAGGUUUUCUCCUUCAGCAGGGGAACCAGUCGAGAUGGAGGUGUAGCGAUGGCGAUGGAGGGGGUUGACUGGAAUAAUUAGGACCAAAGCCGCAGCCUCUCCUGUUACCUGGCAGUCGCUUUGCUUGUGCGUCACGUCAUGCUCCGAGGGCCAAGCACGGUUCGUUGUCCAUGCUUAAAGAGGAAAAGAAGAGGGGUGGGGAAAGGGGAGUAAAUACAUUCAAGAUUCUGUAUUUGAUUUUUGUAAUAAGUGGCAGAGAUGCAAGUUGAGGUGGACUUGGUUAGCCCCCCUGUGCUUCGCUUCAUCACAAUGUCUUAAGGAAAAUAAUAUUUACUGUACCUUGAUGUGAUUCUUGUAUAAGACAUUGGAGAUAAAACUAUGACUACACCGGGAAAACCAGCAGAAAGGCAUGAAUCGAGGCGGAGUGGAGUCAUAGUGGAACCACUGCAACCCAAAGAAAGUGCAAUACAUUCAUACCUCAUGUGAUGUAAAUGAACACGGAUCAAAUGCCCCUGAUUAUACCCUCAAAAACAUGCUCUCUCUUUUUAAUGUCAUUCAUUUUGGGUUGUGUGCAUUGAUCAAUCAGGGGAAGUCAUCAAGCGAUGAAAAAUAGCAAACGUAGUGGUGAUGUCAUUAAGCCAAAAAAUUCUCUGCCAGUGAAUACAUUAUUCAGUUUGACAGUUAAUUUUAAUUUUUUUCCUGCAUGUGUUAAAUUAGUUUUCACCGGGAACUUUACAAACAUUAGUUCCAUUUCUUAUUUAUUUAGUGUUGUUCAAGUGUUAUGUUUCUUCUGUACGUCUUGUGUUAAGUGCUCUUAAGUGCUUAAGGAAGUCUUACACGGUGUUCAUUAUACAUGUUUUUUUCUUUUGUAUAAUUUUCAUUUACAUUGGCGUAAAAUGAUUUUGUUGUAAGAAGUUUUGUGUACAAUCCAGCACUAUUUACUAUUUAUAAUAAACUGUAUAAAAAUGCA